UUCCCGGACUUCAAAUCUGACGUCCCUGUUUUCUUCGUCUCUUUAUUUUUACUUUUCUCCCCGGACAAGCGUUUCCCCCUUCACUCAGCUUCCUUACAGUCUGAAGGUGCAUAGCAGAGAAACAAGGCACUCCCUACCUCAGGGUUGUCGAGAUCGGUACUUCCACUACGCCAGGUACCGACCACGCGGCACUGAAGCUACCCAAGGUACCAAGGUGUGCUGGCUGGUGACUUCCCAUCACGCAUAAGCCCCCCCCAGGCUGUCCUUAUCUCUCUCCCGCCUCCACCCAAACAUCCAACACAUCUCAACCAACCCCGGACCAACCCAGGCCCAAAAAAAUAAACGCAGAAAAAGGGGAGACAGAAGCAGGAAAAACCACACACCCACAGGCAACGAAGUAGCAUCAGACGCCCCGUCCCAGCUCUGGCGUCCCUGUUCCUCGCAUAAACCACACACACACAGCCUACGUAACCAUACGCCCUUUCUCUCUACAGUUAGAUGGCGGUCGAGGCAUAAGCCUUGCGGUCUGCUCGACACCGGUUCCCUCUCCUCUAGUGCCUCUGUACAGCACCUGCUUCGCUUUUGAAUAAAGACCUUCGCACCCAAGUCGCUACACGAGUGCAUUCUGGCGGGGAGAGCGAAAACAAUCCAGGGCAGCAGAACGAGACCGAGACUGAAACCCUCGCAACAACUCGUGGCCCUCAAAUGACGUUGACAAGUCGAGAGUAUCUCAUCCUUGCCUCCAUCAUCACAUAGAUACGGAAUCUUCCGACUGGCGAGGCCAGCAGUCUAUUUUCCAGAUAGCCUACUGUCGCUCUGGGCCUUGAUUCCGCCGCCACCGUCAGCUUGCCUUCACCUCGGCCGUCUCAGCCGGGUUCUCAGCCUUCUGUGCCGCCAGCCACCUUGCCCGCACUUCCCAGGCAAGGUCGACGCGGAGCCCGCCGGCCGCUACGGGGUCAAGAUAAACAACCGGGCGCACCCUCGACCCUGGCUUGACCAACCCUGGGGAGUGAAUCGGAAAUACAAAGCUCACUGCUAUCUGCGUUGGCCGUUUUACCACGGCUUAUCAUCUGGGGUCAGACUCGACCAUUUGACAUCAAAAUACAUACGAAAUACCUUCCCUCAGGCCGCAAACCUGGCCCUUCACUAAGCGCCGAGCACGUACUCGGCCGUCAACCUUCCGUGAACAUCACUCCUAGCAAAUCUGUGGAGCGCCCCUUAUCGGCCAACCAUCUCCGUAUUCAUCUGCUCGGUUGAUACCCCUCUCAGGCCUGCCCGACCUGGCCUGUUCGUCACCGCAGCGCGUGGGGCCUUCUAGUAUCGGCAAACCUCUUGGGACAUUUCCUCCUGCCACCGCGGCCUUCUUUGGAUUGCUCCUGCCUGCGCCUCGUCUGGGCUGACACCAUCCAAACGUAACGGUUUUACCGGUACCGUAGCGGUCACGCGCCCGCUUGUACCUCUCCAGCCUGCAUUCGGAGCAGCAGUACCUUCGUCCCCCUGUUUCGCCUUACGAAUCUCUUACUCUAGCCUCGGUGACCCCCAUCCCACUUAUCACCAGGACACCAUACAUCCUCUGCCUGUUCUCAGCAGAGCGUACCACGCCCAGCACGGGCGCCGGCGACGGCACUUCCCACACCCGCCCUGCUGCGACGCACCUUGACUGACAUCAUGUCCACGCCUAUCGCCGUCGCAAGGACGGCUCCCAUCCCUAUUGCCCCCAAGCCCUCACGGCAGCCCCCCAGCCGCCAAGGGAGCACCAUCCUCGACGCCUAUCCGCACAGCAUGAGCGGCCUGACAUCCCCCGGCUCCGAUUCACCGCUCAGCGUGCAGCCGGCCAUGCCCUGUGACGCAUGCUUGCGCCGCCGCAUCAAGUGCAUCAUGAGCGAAGACGAUGACGACAGCAGCUGCAUAUCAUGUCAAGCAACCCGCCUCGACUGCUCACUCGCCGAAAGUCCCCAGCCGCGGAAGCGCAAACUAAACGGUGAUCUCGAAGUCAGCCAUAGUAAAAGAAGCUCGCCAGGACAGUCCGAUAACCGAAGACGGCAACAACACCAGGCCAGCCUUUCCAGCACCGCUGCCAGCAGCUCGCUGAUAGAGGAGAUGGCCAAUUUCGGCGGCCCAACCUUGCUGAAGCGAAGCCUAGGGCUCCAGAAGGAUCGCUACAGCCAGUACAUUGGGCCGACGACCGACUUCGAGCCGUCACUUAUCAACCUCUCCCCCUUCGAUCCGCACGACGAGAGCCUGCUGGCCAGGGGCACGUUGCGCAAAGUCAGCGAACACGACACCUUCCUACUUCUUCCCGACUACAACACACCCGGUCACGAACACCAGACCGAGGAUGUCGACGAGAUCGAGAGGCUCGUGGCGCCGCACGGCCGACGACUAGUCGACCUGUACUUCCGCGUCGUGCACCCGGGCUUCCCCAUAAUUCAGAAGACGGUUUUUUAUGAGAAGUAUGAGCGGGACCGCCAUGAGUUCUCCCCUCCGUUGCUGGCCGCCAUGUACAUUCUGGCUAUCAACUGGUGGGAUCACGACGAGGAGCUGGCUCCGCUGCCCCGUCCCAACGUGCGCGAACUGGAGCGGCUAGUGCGUGUGACACUCGUCGACGCCAUGUACCGGCCCAAGCUGUCGACGGUGCAGGCAGGGCUGCUUUUGUCCCAACGGCCCGAGGGCGACCAGUGGGCACCGACGGCACAGCUUGUGGCCAUCGCGCAGGAGCUCGGCCUACACCUCGACGCGUCAGGUUGGAAGAUACCCGCCUGGGAGAAGGGCUUGCGCAAGAGGCUCGCCUGGGCAUUGUACAUGCAGGACAAGUGGGGUGCCCUUGUCCACGGCCGGCCGUCACACAUCUUUGCGUCCAACUGGGCCGUGCCGCAGCUGACACCCAACGACUUUCCCGAGGGCGAGUGGGACGACGAAGACGACACCGACGACCAGGCUGAGAUGGAGCGCGGCCGCAUCGUCUUCGCUCAGAUGGUGCAGUUGUCGCAGAUCCUGGCCGAGACGCUCGAGACCUUCUACACGCUCCAGGCGAUGCAGAACGUGACCAACGCCGGCGUCCAGGGCACGCACCUCGUGCUCUCGCUGGCCAAGCCGAUCCAGAUCAAGCUCAAGGAGUGGCAUAGCUCGCUGCCGGCCGCGGUCCGCAUGGACUCAAGUAGCGGUAGUGCGUCCUCGGCGUCGCUGACGUCCUUGUCCGCCGGGCUCAGCGGCGGCAGCGCAGGGCGGCUCACGAGCAUAGGCUACCUGCACCUUGCCUACUUCGCGACCGAGAUAACGCUCCACCGGCGCAUAAUAAGAUCUCUGGCGGCCACCGAGGAGAUGGCGGCGCAGGCGGCGGGAGGAGGGGCCGGUGGCACUGGGCCGGUGGCGGCGUCGCCGGGAGCCGGGGACCCGUACGUGCAGCACAUCUGCCGCAACGCGGCCAAGGCGCGGCUCAUCUCGGCCAUGGACUUUGUCAACCGGCUGACGCCCAGCCACCUGCGGGCCUUCUGGUACUUUGCCUCCAAGACUAACUUUGCCCUCAUCGGCACGUUCGGGUCGCUCCUGUGGGCCACGUCGCCCGGGCGCGAGGAGGGCGACUGGUACAGGCGGCGGCUGGGCGAGUACCGCUGGACGCUGUCGGUAAGCUCCAAGCCCGGAGAGGGCAAGGGGCUGACCGAGUUCGCCAUGGGUAUGCUCGACAUCAGCACGGGCCUGCUCAAGAAGCUGCCCGAGAAGCCGUCCCUCAGCAGGAGUGCGUCGGCCGCCGACAUUGACGGGGUCCGCCACCAGAGCCUGCUGGCCCUAGGGACCGGUGUCAGCGGGAGGGGCCCGCCGGGAGGCGUCCCCGUCCCAGGCUCCUCGGUCGGGGGCUCGAGGAUGAUGAUGGAUACGAGCAUGGGUAUGGGGAUGGGAAUGGGUAUGGGCUUGGGCGUCGGGGGCUCAACGUUUGGAGCCUUUAACGGGAUGCGGGGCGUCGAUAUGAGUGGCAUGCAGAGCCCCGGCAGCCAGAGCGGAGACGGCGACGGCGACGGCGACAUGGAUGCAGAUGGCGACGGCGACGAGAGCAGCGACGACGAGGGCAUGUACGGCAUGUUCCCGACCUCUGGAAUGGCUUCGAUGGCGAACUGAUAUACCUGCGUUUCGACGGUGGGCGCGCUGAUUUGGAGUAUACUUACCAUUUAAAGCCCGCGGCCCCGAGAUUGGCCAUCAGAACUGGCUUGGACGGGGAUCCACGGUACGGGGUUUCUGCUCAUGAAAAAGGGAAGGAAUUAUGAAUAGGAGAGAGGAGGAUUUUACGAGGUCUGAUGUUUUCUAUCAUGUAUUCUUGGAAGCGGGCACGCAAUAUCGAUUGCGAUGGGUGGCGUUAUGGGAUUGCAUCAUCGCCCGGAUGAUGUAAGUAUUUGGUGGUUUUGUUUUUAUGCUCAACGCUUGGCCUGGAACCCUUGUCCUACCUGAACUGUGAACCCCCUUGACAGUCGUACAAGAUGAUACAAAAUUUCGGGCAAUUUUCCUGCACGAGGUUACCUGGUUCGGACACAUCCUAUGUCGUUAGAAUUAGUGCCCAGAUACCUGAAUUUUGUCGCGUAGGCCAUUCUGGAACAUAAUAGGGAGUCGGGAAGGCGUUAAAUCCGUUGUAUCUUAAACCAAGGACAAGGAAAUCAUGUAUGUUUGGGUCCGGAUCGGUGGUGGGUGAUAUUGCCACCUGAAGUUAUCAUCGACAUUUGGGAAGUGUUUUGCGUUCCAUCAAGAAUCAUGAAGGCUUUUGGACUCCUGGAGGAAAGUAAUAAUGAUAUAAUGGGCAGGUGGGUAGGUCGGUAGGCAGUCUACUA